CCCAAACUCACACAGACACUCAGUACACGCACUGUCUGCCAGGGACCAUCAAAGGUAGCCAGGCAGUCAGGUUGCUUUUGGAUUGUCUCAUGCUCAUGGAGGUCUGUUGCUCAUUUGGCUACUAACAGAGGCUUUACCAAGAGACAGGUGGAUUUCUGUCAGACAAGAAUAAACCACAGUUUUGUGAAUUCAGUUUCAUGAAGAUGUUUCCUUGGUCCGCGGUUUUCUCCCUGGAGCCCAAGGUCCCUGGCCAACGCACAGCUGAGGAGCUUGUAACCAAUACUCUGAUGUUGGAACUGGGGGCCAUUGUGAAACGCACCGAGCGCAUCCGUUUAGAGAGGAUGACCGAGGGCCUCCGCCGCCGUCGCAGCUCCUCCUCCACAGCCGACUACAGCUGGCUGGCCAACACCCCCACCCCACAGCCCUAUGAGCUGACCCCCAACGACCUGCUGGAGCUGCAGGAGCUCUGUGCCAAGAUCCUUCCGGCACAGUGUGGCCCUUUGAUCGUCAGGUUCAGGAGGAUGGUGUUGCAGAUGGAGCCCGAGGUUCAUGAGGUGGCCCGGCUGUUUCGCUCGGUACUGCGCGACUGCGUGGACGAGAUGAACGGAAAUGAAUACAUUCAGGAGCAGGACACCGUGUUCGAGAAGCAGCGGCGCAGCAGGAGCCUCUCCUUUGUAAAUUUCCGCACAAAGUUUCGCACGGGGCACUUCUUCAAGGGCAGCGGCAUGAGUGGCUCCAGGGGGAACCUGCAGCAGCAGGUGGACUGGUAUGACGAGGAGGAGGAGGAAGAGGAGGAGGGUGAUGGAGCAGAGGAGGAGGCCAUCAGGGCCAGGGCAAGAAAAGGAAGGAGCAGGAGCAUGCCAGAGAUUACCCCUAUUGAGCAAAGUGCCCAGGGGUGAGAGGAAGGAGGGAGAGUCAGGUCAAUCCAGAAGGGGUGUUAGAAAGGGGGGGGGGGCACCCGUGGAGGUGUUUUGGAGGGGAGAGAAAGUGAGCCUGGGUUACAGAAGGCCAACAUAAAUCAGGGGGAAGGGGUGACAGGAUAGAAAUGAAAAUAUUUGCUAGAUUUCCUCUAACCUGUCCAACCUGGAGAGAAGAGGCCAAAAAAAGAUGUCUCUAGCUUAAGGUACACUGUCCAUUAGCUGAUGAACUUUAGUCCAUCACAAGAGGCAUCAUUGUUCUCGUUUCGACAUGUGAAAGAAGAGUGGUUAACAUUUUGUUUUGUUUGACUGAUGUAUGUCCCAGAUUUUAUGAGCAUCCAAUAGAAAUACAAAUGUGAACCUCAUGGUGGCGCUGAAGGAGAUUUUUAGAAGGUUCACCAGAGUCAGCGGCAUUAAUGGUCAGUGGACAAGGGUUACCAGGCUUACAUCUCACGAUAUUCUCUCUAGUAGUUGUUCAGAUGUUUCAGUCUGUAUCAGAGACUGAAGGACGCGGCCAUCUGUAGAGGUGAGACGCUAAUGUAGAUUAAAAACUAAAAUGUGCUGCAUUGAAUUUUCUUGAGUAGGAUCUCCUGACUGAUUAACAUUCACAUGCUUCAGGUAUCUCUAAAACCGUAUGACUGAUGCUUGCCAAACAACAGAACAGCUGGCAGCGUAGAGAGCGGGGAAGUUCAGCUCAGGCCAUUCCUGUGGCUAAUUCAACUGUUCAGUUAGCAGGUGCUCACAUAGUGUAUCCAUUAAUCAAAUCCUCAUCAUGUCAGUCAUUUGAAAUAUUGUUUUUUAUUGUGUAUAUGAAAUGUAUUCGAAGAAAUAAACAUAUGUGAUUAAA